AUGCCUGUUGCGGCUAGAACAACCCGUCGGGCGGCGGUCGCCAAUGAGAACGACGAAAACAGCAACACGCGUAUGACGACCAGGGCCGCCAAGGCUGUUCUCGGUGACGAUGGCCGAGUCACCAAGGGUGCUCUCCAGACCAAGCGCACCGCCAGCGUUGCGGCCAGCACUCGCGGCGCGCUCAACGAUGUGAGCAACCGUGCAAGGACCGAAACGGUUGCCAGCAAGAAGCCUACUGGCAAGGGGGCCUUUGUUUCCAAGGCGAACCCUACCUCGCAGAAGCCACCGGCGCGUGCUGCUUCCAAGCCGGCCCCAAAAGAGCAGCCCAAUCGCGUUGAGAAGCGAUCUUCCGUCAAUGGGACCGCUCAAAAGCGAAAGAGGUCUGAGCAGGAAAAGGAGAACCUCUUGCAUAUUGCCAAGGAGCCUGUUGCUGAAACAAAACCCGACAUGAAGACCGAGAGCAAGACCGAGAGCAGGCCCAUCUUCGACGAGAUCGACGAUGAGGACCGUGACGAUCCUCUCAUGGUUGCCGAGUAUGCUACUGAGAUUUUUGAGUAUCUGCGCGACUUGGAGUGCAAGUCUAUUCCCAAUCCUCAAUACAUGCAGCAUCAGGAUGAGCUCGAGUGGAGCACGCGUGGUAUCCUUGUCGACUGGCUCAUUGAAGUCCACACGCGUUUCCAUCUCCUUCCCGAGACAUUGUUUCUCGCCGUCAACAUUGUCGACCGCUUUCUCUCGAAAAAGGUCAUUCAGCUCGACAACUUCCAAUUGGUCGGCAUCACUGCCAUGUUCAUUGCCUCCAAGUAUGAAGAGGUCCUUUCUCCCUACAUUGGCAACUUCAAACGCAUCACAAACGACGGAUUUACGGAGGAGGAAAUUCUGAGUGCCGAGCGCUUUGUCCUCAGCACCCUCGACUACGACCUCAGCUAUCCCAACCCCAUGAACUUUCUCCGUCGCGUGUCCAAGGCAGACAACUAUGACAUUCAGUCUCGCACAAUUGGCAAGUAUCUUACCGAGAUUAGCCUUCUGGAUCACCGCUUCAUGGCAUUCCGCCCCAGCCACGUCGCUGCCGCUGCCAUGUACCUGUCCCGCUUGAUGCUUGACCGUGGUAAGUGGGACGAUACGCUCGCACAUUACGCCGGCUACACUGAGGAAGAACUGGAGCCAGUUGUGCAGCUCAUGGUCGACUACCUCGCCCGCCAAGUCGUACAUGAAGCAUUUUUCAAGAAAUACGCAAACAAGAAGUUUCUCAAGGCCUCGAUCAUCUCUCGCUCAUGGGCCAAGAAGAACGCUCCUGUCUUUGGCAUCACCGACACAAGCUUGUCUAUAUAUCAAAUCGACGAAUAA